AUGGCUCUUCAUCUUCUCGAAGCUACUCUAACACAAGGUUCAUCUUGUUCAGCUGAUGAUAUAGCUGAACUUGAAAUUCAUAUACGAAAAGAAAUCGAACGUUAUGUUCAAUUAGAAAUUGAACGAGAACUUUAUGAACUUAUUCAAUCAACAACAAAUGAUAGUACAUUAUUAACACCAUCAAUAUGUUCAAUUUAUCUAUCAAAUGGAGAAAUAAAUAAUGAAACAUCAAAAAAACGAAUUAAAGCAGAUAGUGAUGCAGCUAAAAUAAGUGCUAAAACAAAUAUGGAACUUGAUCAACAAUUAACAGAAUUAAAAAAUAAAUAUUUAACUAAAAUUACUGGACCAUUAUCAACAUUAGAAGCUUUAAAACUUAUUAUUGAUAAACAAAUAAAUGAAAAAAAUCAAUUAGAAAAUGAAAUUCUUAAACUUAAACAAUUAUAUAAUGAAUAUAAUCAAUAUGAUGAAUAUUCAAUGAAAAUGUUAGAAAAUAUUAAAAUUCUUAAUCAUACACAAUUAACUGUAUCAAAACAUGAAUCAUUAUUAGAUUUAAAUAAUCAAAAUAAUUCUAAUGAUGAUAAUAUUGAUAUUGAUCAAUUUGAACAAUUAUCAACUUUACUAUUACAUAAAAUACUUCAUUUACCUUUAAUUGAUAUGAAAGCUAAACAUUUACAUAAACCAGAACAAAAAUAA